AGCAGCCAUAUGCAUGACCUCAAUCUACUGUAAAGAUUAUGGAUGUUUUACUUUUAAAUAAAAAUGAAUGACACAAUCUAGUAAGUGGUAGUUUACAGAGACGCCGAAUUUCCGGGUCCUGUGACUUAAAUCAGUCAGGUGGUUUUGCGAAAGAGCAGUCGUAGGAGGAAGAGGCAUUCAUUUUUCUCAUCUGAUCUCCUUCCAGUUUCUUCAAACGAAAAACAGAAGACAAUUUUUUUUUUAAAAAAACCCUCCCCUCCAAAACACACACACACACACACACACACACACAUUGCGUUUCAGUGCUAGCUGAUACGGAAAGAGAAGCGGUUGAUUAUGGCGAGCGGUAUGGUAACAGAGUGUAAAGAGUACUUGUUCAAAGUUUUGGUAAUUGGGGAGUUAGGUGUGGGGAAAACCAGCCUCAUUAAGCGGUACGUACACCAACUGUUCUCCCAGCACUAUAGAGCCACAAUCGGCGUGGACUUCGCUCUGAAAGUUAUCAACUGGGACAGCAAGACACUGGUCAGGCUGCAGCUUUGGGACAUAGCAGGUCAGGAGAGGUUUGGUAACAUGACCAGGGUGUAUUAUAAGGAGGCUGUAGGAGCUUUCGUGGUCUUUGACGUGACAAGAGGAUCCACCUUCGAGGCAGUCUCAAAGUGGAAACACGACCUGGACAGCAAGGUGAAGCUGCCCAACGGGGGCCAUAUCCCUGUUGUUCUCCUAGCCAACAAGUGCGACCAAAAGAAGGACAGCAAUGGAGACAAGUCCUCCAACAUGGAUCAGUUCUGCAAAGAGAGCGGCUUCCUAGGCUGGUUUGAAACUUCUGCCAAGGAUAACAUUAAUGUGGAGGAAGCUGCCCGAUUCCUGGUGGAGAACAUCCUAAUCAAGGACAAGGGCAUCCCUAAUGAGGACAGUAAUGGGGAUACAGUAAAACUGGAUCAGGAGAAAGUGGCAACAGAGAGCAAAUCCCAGUGCUGCUAACAGUCAUGGCUCUCCCAGAGUGGAUUCAAGUCAGGGGCUGGAGCUCGGAGCUACAUAUCAUGACUCAACAGUAAACCUACUGUGGUCUGGUCAUGUUGGACUUGGCUGCUCAGGACACAGUGUAAUAAGGCCAGGCAAUAAGCCAUAUAGUUCUCUUUAUCCUGGCUUGUGGUGUACCACUACCUUAAUAUGCUACAGAACCAGUAAUGGAGCUGUGGCACUCCUAGAAGGCCUACAGAGUAACUGGGGGUGUUUUAUCAGUUGGCAUUAUAAAAAAUAAAAUAAAAACAUAAUUCAGUUUUGUUUUAGCUACUUAACUGAUCAAAAAUUCUUUACAAGAAGCCUUAAUAAACCCAUGGACAAAUUCCCAAACCAGCCUAUAGCCUUAACUAAUAGGCCUCUGGAUCAUUUGGAAAUGUUAUUUUAAAUAUCAAAUUCUUGUCUCGGACCAAUGGUUUAUCUGAAGGGAUUCAGAUUUGCUGCUGUUCAGGUUCUUCUCUUUUUACCUCAAGGUUACCUAGUUUUAGAUGCCACAACUCAGUUUCAGAGUUUAUUCUGUCUUGUAGCUGAGACUGGGGAAUUUUCCAGCCUUGGGGUGAGGUGCUUGCCCAAAUGUCAAACAAGGACUCUCUUUUAAUUGUGAUCCAAAGCCUUCAGCAUUAAUAUUAUAAAUAUUGAAAGAACUUAGUUGCAUUUUUUGUUUGUUUGUUUGUUUUAUUGCUAAUUUUAUAACAUUUUAUUUAAAUUAUGUUGUUCUUAAAUAAUGGGGGCAAACUUUACAGCUGCAUCAAAAAAAGCCAUAGGUCUCAAGUAGUUUGUAUGUAGUGGUAGGGCACUCAGGAUAAACUCAUUAUGUUUGCCUAGCCUUACAGCACUUUUAUUAGAACUAUAUUGCCACUGGAAUUUUCUGGGUUCAGGGGGUUUUAAUGCCUUUAAAGUACAUGGUGACUUAUAAUGUUAAUGAACAUAAAUUGUAUUGCACAGCCACCUCAAUUACAAUGGUGAUUAAAUGUCUCUGAAUCUACAUCUUUAUAUAACCUCUCUCUAAACUAAUAUGAAUUUAACGUGUACCCUAUAUUUAUAUCCUAUAUGCUAACACUAUAUGCAUGUCUGUCUUGCUGCAAAUUUGUAGGUACUACUAUUUUGAGAUUGUACAGUAACUGCUUAGUACUAUAAACAAUGUAAUAUAUGUUGUUAUAUUUUUUUACAUACGCAGUUUGACAGCUGCAACAAGGUAAUUCACUGCAAAUCAAUACAAUGACAGAAUGUAUUUUUGUCAUUGUUUAAUAACUUGCCAACGUGAAGACAGAAAUAAAGGUUUUCCGUUUAUGUUCAAACAAAACUAAUUGUUGCUCAACCUCAUGCAAAAAAGAAAUAGCAACACUGAAUUGGUAUGCAUAUGAUGCUUCAGCCUGAUGGACCUGUCUUGACACUAUGGCCAAUGCUAAUCUGUGUUUUAAAAUCUUUCCACCAAGAAAGCCCUGUCUAAUAAGUAUCCCCAUGGCAUUGGCUUCUACAUAUAGUAUGAUAUUUGUGUACAGAACAAAGAAGUAUCUUCUUAAAGGUAAUUCUCCAACCCAUCCUCACUACCCAACCUGCCCACAAGAUGACAACUUUGGCUUGUGACCAGGCCUCAAGCCAUAGCACGAUGAGUUUACUGGUUAAAUGUGAGAGCCAGUUGUCUGAAUACAAAGCAGUUAGACCAGGGAACCAGCAAAGAUGAUCUCUGUAAUGAGAAGAUUUCCCGAUUUGCUGAUUAAAAUUGGUCCCAGAUAUGAACAUUGAGUCCCAGUGGAUAAGCAAUAAAAUGUGUGUUCUAAAAACUACAUUUCUGUCCUGCAUUAAAAAAAAGGCUAUGAAUAACGCAUUUUACUGGGAGUUGAACAAGAGUUUACCACUCCCGAUGACCCUGAAACAGCAUGUAAAAAGUACAUUACUUCUUAGUCAGUUGCUGCUUUUAUAAUGAUUUGUAAGAAAACUACAUAUUAACUUGCAUUUUAUAUACAUUUUUUGGCUUGUUUUUUUUUUUUUUUUUUUCAUUUUCAGCAUAGGAAUGUUUGUUUUUAUGUACAGAAAAGGAGUAGCUUGUAUGGUGUGUUUUGUUUAAACAAAAAAUGUAAACGGAUGCAAAGUGGAGAUUUGUAUUUCUAUAUAAUCCAUCUUGAUUACUUAUUGUGCAUAAACAUACUGUUAAACAAGAACUUUUAUUUUAGAAUAAAGAUUGAGUCAAAAAAUACAAAUGGAAAAACACACAACUCAUUUCAACUUAAUUUUAAUGGGGUUUUUUUAGAAUGUGUACGUAAACUUUAACUUGAACAUAUGCACUAGAAGAACAUCAGCAUAAACUGAGGAUUAGCAAUUUAUUGUAUGUCACAAGCACAUUGCAUGCCAUCAUGUCACAUGAUCAUAGUCUUACUAGCUUUGUUGCCUUCAACACUGAUGAUACAUUACACAGUAAAUCUGUUUGUAACUAGGUUAUUUUUUCUUUGUCCUGGUCGUUCCGCAAUGAAAAGGAUUUAACCUGUUUUUAAAAGGGUUUUAAGGGUAUUUCAGUUAUUGCCACAGUUCUAUUGCUGGUUCUAUGAUGGGCAUGGUUAUUUAUUGCUGCAGACCACACGGUAAUAAUCACAGUGGUUGAUUUCUAAAUAAAAUCACCUUGGUUUGCUGAUAUCUCUACAAUGUGCCUCAUUACCUAUCCCAGUGCACCCCUUGGUAAGCAAUCAACAAACAACAUCUCAAAUGCAUUUUCAGUCAGUUUGAGUCUAUCAUUUGUCAAUAAAGUGGAAUUGUAUAGCACAUAUUCCCUUCCAGAACUAUAUUUAUGUUUAAUGCAAGACAUUGUAUUUGAAUCAUCAAGCCUAAGGUGCUGGCAGCUAGAACUACUACAAGGUGUCAUCGUUAACAAUAACCGUUUUCUUUACAAGAACCUGCCCAUUUCCACUUCCACUUACUGUAAGUAACAGUAACAAACUGCAAAGUCAAUGUAGCUACAAUUUGUAAAAUCUAGUACUUUUGUCAAGUCAUUGAUUCUCCAAAUUUGAUAAAUGUUAAAAUGCACAAUACUGUACAUUGCAUGAGUGAAAGAAGGUAUUUUCCAACACUGUAUUAGCAACAUAUUAACCCUUUCCCAAAUGCUCUAAUGGAGGAAUACUUUGAUACCUAUAGAGCCCUGCCAGCACUUAUUGGACUACAUACUGUGUGUUAUACAUGAUAAAGGAGAUGACACUGAUCUAGAAAGAGUGCAAUAAAGAUUGUGAUGUUCCUGAUAUUAAAUGCAUUAAUAUUAUUCAAAUGGGCAGAAACUGUACUUAGCAAUGAAGCUCCUGGAUGCUGCAAUUGAUAUUAAAAAAAAAAAAAAAAAGUAACAGUCUGUAAUUUUUUUGAUCAUGUCAAAUAACAUUUAGGUGUCCAAGAUGCCUGCCUUGUGGACAGCAUUCACUUUUUGAAGCCCUUUGGCACUGGUAUAUACUGUACUGUAAUAACUGACACUGAUUCGCGUUUGAUUCACUUGCCGUGUUCUUUGGAUAAGUUGCUCUGUUGGCUUCAGAUGAUGUGCAUAUUUGCUGCUACUCUUCCCUACCCUACAGUAGGAACACUCCUGCUGUUAAUCCAGUACCACUGAAAGGAAGGAAGUGCUUCUCAGCGGGUACCUUGUACUUGCAGAAAAUAAAAAUAAAUCAUAUUUAAGGACAUGUUCAGUGUCAUAAAUGUGUUCAACCCAUUAGGUUCUGGAUGCUUUAUGAGCCAUUUAAUUCACUAAUACUGUAGUUUAUGGAUGUCUGGAUUCACACCUGAUUAACUUUAAUUUAGUGCAGUUGGUCUGAAAUGCUUGAAAAAGGCAUGCACUGAAAUAUAUACUGUUCAUUUUAAUAUGUUUAAGAACUCAAACAGCAUAAGGAAGGUGUAAUUAGCAU